UUUUAUGAAUGAAACAAUUGCUAUUCACGACGUGGAAGUUUCUUUAGAAGAAAAGUAUUUAGAGGCAGUGCAUAUUGUAGAGGAAACAUACAAGGAAAUUCCAGAGGAAGAACUAAUUGAGCUAUAUGGUCUUUACAAAAGAAUAAAGGAUGGAGAAGCUCCUUCAAAAAAUCCCUACUAUUUCUAUCAAAGGAAAGAGACUACCAAGUGGAAGAGUUGGAGGCAAGCAAGCAAUCUUUCAAAAGAAGAAGCUAUGAGCAAAUACAUUCUUUUGAGUGCCAAAUAUAAAAGUAUGAGCAAAGAAGCUAUUAUUGGAAAUCGACCAUUGGGUUUCGAGUUGCCUGAUUGUGAAGAUUCAUCCACUAGUCAAGCACCUGUUUUGGACCUUUGUUAUUUCUCUGCAAUAGGCGAUAUUUCUUCUAUAAGAUACUUGUUGGAAAAAGAUCCUUCCUCGGUGCACCUAAAGGAUGAAUCGGGUAUGACUCCACUUAUGUAUGCAGCAGACAGAGGUUAUUUGGAAAUAGUGGUUGUAUUACUGGAAUAUGAAGCUUCGGUUGAUGCAGUGGAUAGGGAAGGCCAAAGUGCACUACAUUAUGCUUGUAUUUGUGAAUAUCCCGAUGUUGUUUUGCAACUCGUAAAAGCAGGAGCUGAUAUAUACUUGGAAGAUUUUCAAGGACAAAGUCCGUGGCAUAUUGCAUCUCCGACUAUUCGCUUACAGUUGCAUCCAUUCCUUAGUAUCCAUGACUAAGAUUGCCUUUCUUUUGUUCAAUUGUAGUACAAAGAUA